UAAAGAAAGCAUUUAAGAUAUGCAUUUCAUUCAUCCAUUACUGAAGGAAGUGAUGAAAGUAAGUGCAUUCAUUUUUAAAAAAAAGGAAGUAACAUAAUGUUACAAUUAGCAUUAUACAUAGAACGUGGGCAUGAAAAACAUUCCAAAACAAACACUUCAUCUAGUAUUUGUCGGUGUAUUUCAAUAAUUAAAUUUCACCUCCAAAAAGAGUCAUUACAAUAUGUGGAAGCACAAAAGUGAAGAAAUUAUUUUGAUCUUAACAUUUCUUUUACUUAUCUCAAACUUAUGUUGGUUGAUGAGUCCUAAGAGAGUGAAGGAGUGUAACAAUGACAAGAAAAAUAUACAGAUUUUUCUAUUAGCAGGGCAAAGCAAUAUGGCAGGACGUGGCGGAGCCAUUAAAAAAUCUAUUGGAGGAAAUACUACCGAAGCAUGGGAUGGUUUUCUGCCUAAAGAAUGUAAACCUAAUAAAAAAAUCUUACGAUUUAAUGCAGCUCAAAAAUGGGAAGAAGCACAUGAGCCUAUGAAUUAUGGGAUUGAUUGCUUAGUAAGUUGUGCACUUGGCCCUGGAAUGGCUUUUGCUAAUGAAAUUCUUAAAAAAGAUUCAGAAUUUGAUGUCAUAGGUUUAGUACCUUGUGCUAGAGGAGGGACAGGUAUAUAUAGAUGGAGACGUGGGUCUUAUGCUUAUGAUGAUUUGAUUAGAAGAGCAAAAUCAGCUGAAAAAGAUGGAGGAACUAUUAGGGCAUUACUUUGGUAUCAUGGUGAGGGUGAUAUGAGAACAAAGAAUGGGUCAAGUUCGUAUAAGUCCAACUUUGAGAAAUUUGUUCAUGACUUGCGUAGUGAUUUGCAAUCUCCUAACCUCCCCAUUUUGCUGGCCGUCCUACCAUACCCGAAAAAGCCAUUUGAAGGGCCAUAUAUAGAAGAACUGAGAGCAGCUCAAAUGGGAAUUAACAUCUCAAAUGUGAUCAAGUUCGACGCUAAGGGACUAGAAAUGGGUAGGGAUGGCAUUCAUCUCACUACGCCAGCACAAGUUCAACUUGGACGUAUGUUUGCACAUGCUUUUUUGAGCCUAAAGAAUUUCAGAUCGAGGACUACCUUUAGUUUCUACAAGUUUUUCCCUUCUAAUAUAUUCUCUUAGAUCUUUCUGCUGAUCCUUGUAGAACUACGUCUCAAAUAAACUUUCAUACCACGUUCAUA